UCCCGUGUUUCCCACGCUCCGCCCACCUCCGGCUGACCGGCAGUGGAGAACAACCACACACCGGUGGGCGACUCUUUAGGUGGCCAAUUACGUUUUAUUGGGAGGGACGGGACUUCAAGAGCAAUUUGGUCUUUUUUUCCUCGUCUUCCUACUCCUUUCACAUGGAUUUGUCGGAGGAUGAUAAAUAAGACAGCGGAGCUUUCGGCUUGAGCGUCGCCUCCAGUGAAUGGAUCACCGAUGAGGAUGAGGAGGAUGAUUUUAAUAUUUUGUCUCUAAUAAGAAGGGGAUCCGAUCUGACAGACUGGAUGUGACUGUGACACUGUCAAAACAUAAGAAGAGGAAAGGAAAGUGUGUGUUGUCUUCUGACGUGGAGAGCAUCCACGGAAUGAGAAGUGGACAUCCUCACUCAAGUGUGUCGUUUUCAGCGUUUCUCAUGGGAAGGAAAUUCAGGACAUUCUCAGGUGUGUGUGUUUCUUAAAUUGUAUUUAAUCCCAGCAGGAGGUGGUUUUGGUUAUGCCCGCCACACUUUACCAAGUGCCCACGGUGAUCUCUGUGUGCGUGUGAACAGGAACGAUGGCUCUCCUGGUCGUCCCGCUGCUUCUGCAAACAGGGAUAGUUUUAGGCUCAAACUACGGUUAUGUGGAGUGGUCUGAUAAUGACAGAGACGAGAAGAACCCCACAGUCUUCAGCACCCAAAACACCAACAGGGAGCCGCCCCACCAUCCUACCUAUUACUCCGUACCUGCCACGGAGCGCACGGUGGUGGCGCACAAAAUUGAGGAGGAUCUGCCGAGGGUGGUGACUGCCUUCCUGCACACCGGGGACUCCUCGGCCCUCAGGCAGGUGAACUGCUCACGGAGGUACGAGCUGAGCAGCCUAAGAGGUGGCCUUCAUGUCGCGUCCCACUAUUCCCUCCACAGCAUCCUGGAUACAGUAGCGCACGCCACAAACUUCCUAAAUAUGAUCCUGCAAACCAACAGGUCUCGGGAGCAAACCCUCCGCAGGGACAUCCACUGGUACCACGCACUGGUGCAGAGCAUCCUCGAGGGGGACCCCAAAAUCCACAGGGCGGUCGUGACCUUCCACACAGACGCACCAAAGCCGGGCCCCCACGUUUUCCUCCAGGCGACCAGAACUGAGAAGGAGGUGGUUCUGCAGGACCUGUCCGGCUCUGCGCAUCUGCAACUGAAGAGCAAAAGCCCCGAGUCAGAUUGGUUUAAUGAGUUUAGGGAUGGGAGAAGACCGCACACAUUCAAAAGGGUCCCGGAUUCAGUGGGGACUGGGAGUGGAAGUUAUCUUCUGGAGAAAAACCAGAUCAAGUGGUCUGCACCGUACCUGGAGUGUGAACAUGGAGCUUUUGUGCCCUACUGGCUGCUGACCUUGUCUGCAGGGUUCUACGGACUGAAGAGCAACUCUGCCCCAGAGUUCAGGGGUGUGGUCCGUGUGGACGUGAACCUGCAGGAUGUGGACAUUGACCAGUGUUCCAACAGUGGAUGGUUUGCUGGGACUCAUCGCUGUAACCUCACCAGUAUGGAAUGCACUCCCAUCGUUGGCCAUGGCUUCGUGUUGGACAAGUACAAGUGUCAGUGCAGGAGAGGAUUCUACCAUCCAAGUCGAGUGGCGCUCAACGGCUUUAAAAGUAAGGAGUCGGGUUCUCACAGAGACGAGUCCUCUGACGUGUCCAGUAAGUGCCUGCCGUGUCGUGAAGGCUGCCCGUACUGUCGUGAUGACACUCCCUGUCUGGUGCAGGAGGACGGCGCCCUGCGACUCGCCGUGGCCUCCUUCCAGGGUCUGUGCAUGGUGCUGGACCUGGCCAGUAUGGUGGUGGUCUACCACUUCAGGAGGAAAAAGAGCAUCCGAACAUCAGGACUUAUUCUGCUGGAGGCCAUCUUAUUUGGAGCGUUACUACUCUACUUCCAGUAA